CCGGUUCGAGAGUAACACGUUCGGGUAUAUAUAACGAGUCGGAAAGGAGACGUUGUCCGUUCUGACCUUGGCCAAGGGCGUUUAGAAGUUGUCUGACGAAUUUCUCUCUGUUCUUUGAGAUUAUUUAAACUCAUAAUUCAAGAUGUCUGACGGUGGUCCAAAAUUAGGAAUUAACGGAUUUGGCCGAAUUGGGCGUUUGGUGUUGCGUGCAGCAUUAGAUAAGAAUGUCGAAGUCCUUGCGGUCAACGAUCCUUUCUUAGAUGUUAAUUACAUGGUUUACAUGUUUAAGUAUGACUCCACGCACGGUAGGUACAAAGGAAAGGUGGAAGCCGAGGGAGGUCUUCUCGUAAUUGACGGAAAGAAGAUUCACGUCUUUCAAGAACGCGAUCCUGCUCAAAUUCCUUGGGGCAAGAUUGGAGUAGACUAUGUAGUUGAGUCGACUGGUGUCUUUACCACAAUUGAGAAGGCAAAGGCCCACGUAACUGGGGGAGCAAAGAAAGUAAUCAUCUCUGCACCUUCGGCAGAUGCUCCUAUGUUCGUCAUGGGCGUAAACCACGACAAGUACGAAAGUAGUAUGGAAAUUGUAAGCAAUGCUUCUUGCACCACUAACUGCCUGGCUCCUCUUGCAAAAGUUAUCAAUGAUAAAUUUGGAAUUGUUGAAGGUUUGAUGACAACUGUUCACGCUGUUACUGCCACUCAGAAGACUGUUGACGGACCAAGUGGAAAGAACUGGCGUGAUGGACGUGGUGCCGGUCAAAACAUUAUUCCAGCAUCUACAGGUGCUGCAAAAGCAGUAGGAAAAGUUAUUCCAGAAUUGAAUGGAAAAUUGACCGGCAUGGCUUUCCGUGUUCCCACUCCCGAUGUUUCUGUAGUGGAUCUCACCUGCAGACUAUCCAAAGAUGCAACUUAUGAUGAAAUCAAAGCAGCAGUAAAAGCCGCCGCCGCAAGCGAUAACUGGAAGGGAAUCUUGGGUUACACAGAAGACCAAGUUGUGUCCAGCGACUUCAUCGGAGACACCCACAGCAGCAUUUUUGAUGCAAGCGCUGGCAUUUCAUUGACCAAAAAUUUCGUGAAAUUGAUUUCCUGGUAUGACAACGAAUAUGGUUACAGCAACCGUGUAGUCGACUUAGCCAAGUACAUGUUCAAACAAGGCUAAACUUCUAUGCCUUUUUAGUGCUAAACUUGGUGCACGAACUGUGCGUAAUUAGCUUUAAAGAUUAAUCUGGAUAGUUUGUUUAUUCUGCCUAAAGUCUGUGAUGUUAUGUCAUGUUCCUAAUUCCUAAUAUCUUUCCUGUGAUUUUUAUUUAAACAAAAAAGAAAUCUCACCAGAACAGUAUCAACUUUUGGCUUUAGUCUAGACUGACUUCACAUUUGUAAUUCAAAUCUGUACAGUUGUUCCUAUUCACAAGUGAUUAUUAAAACCACGUUAAUUUCGAAAAUAAAAUGUUAUUACAAAGUU